ACCCUGCGAAAAAGUAUGUUUUAGCCCUUGUUCUAUGGCUGCUGUAGUUCUCGUUAUAGACAAAACACAUUGCAAUUGCACAAAGCUAAGUACACGGUGAGUAGGAAGCGAUGAUGGCCGCGCGAACAACCUUAAACCCUCCAAAAACCCCACUGUACUCCCUCAAAUUUCAGAGACCCAAUUCCCCAUUCUCUUCAACCCCUUAUUUUGUGCGAAAACCCAAUUCCUGGAACUAUCCGAAGAUCUCUCUAUCGGUGAAGUCCGGCCAAAAUCACCAUCAAAGCUCACAAGUAGCAUCUCUGGAUACUUUGCUUAAUAGUGGUCGGAAAGAAGAAUUCCUUGACGCCAUCAAAGGCUCACUCCACAAUUGUCUGUCGGAGACAAAUCUUCACUUGACAGUUCCUGGUCUCAAAUCGAAAAUCAGAGGCAAGGUUAGAGAUAUUUAUGAUGGCGGGGAUUAUCUGGUUUUGGUCACCACUGAUAGGCAGAGUGCAUUUGAUAGGAUUCUUGCUUCAAUUCCAUUCAAAGGCCAGGUUCUCAAUGAGACCAGUUUGUGGUGGUUCAACAGAACACAGCACAUAACUCCAAAUGCAGUUGUGUCAGCUCCAGAUAAAAAUGUUACAAUUGCAAAGAAAUGCUCUGUCUUUCCUGUUGAAUUUGUUGUCAGAGGUUAUGUGACUGGAAGUACUGAUACAUCACUAUGGACGGUCUACAAAAAUGGUGUUCGCAGUUACUGUGGCAAUGCACUCCCAGAAGGGUUGGUAAAAAAUCAAAAGCUACCUGGAAAUAUACUGACACCAACAACUAAGGCUGAGGAUCAUGAUGUUCCUGUAACUCCAGAUGAGAUAAUUGAACUUGGACUGAUGACUCAAGCUGAAUUUGAUGAAGCAAGAGAAAAAGCUUUAAGAUUGUUUGAGUAUGGACAGUGCGUGGCUUCAGAGCAUGGCUUGAUAUUAGUUGAUACAAAAUAUGAAUUUGGAAAGGGCAGUGAUGGUUCCAUUCUAUUGAUAGAUGAGGUGCAUACACCUGACUCGAGCAGAUAUUGGAUUUCCAAUUCUUAUGAGCAGCGGUUUCAGAAUGGCCUGGAACCUGAAAAUGUUGACAAGGAGUUCUUGAGGUUGUGGUUCAAGGACAACUGCAAUCCUUAUGAAGAUGAGGUCCUUCCUGACGCUCCUGUAGAACUUGUUUCUGAGCUAGCUUGGCGGUAUGUUUUCUAUAUCUUCACGUGUUUUGCCAAGGACUUACCUAGUAAUAAGACAUAAAAUGAGCAAAGAAUAUGAUGACUGUGUCAUAUGACUAAUUAUCAUCCUGUUUUAGUGGCUGAUUGAUGCUGUGAAGAUCAGCUUUUGUGUGGUCUUUUCUCUUUCAUGUUGCUUGUAACACAACUAGAGUGCAUCUCAAACUAAAGAAGCCAUGUAAAUUUUAGUAUUUUCACAGUAGCUUUAAAUUUUAGGGUUUGCUUUUGUACUUACAUCGGUCUUAAUGCAGAUACAUUUUUUUGUACGAGACAAUAACACAAUCAAGAUUUGAGCUGCCCCAAACAGAGGGAACAUUGCAUGAUCGGAUCUCCCGGAAUGUUUCCUUGGCAUUAUCAUCGCUACUGUAACUAUAGAAAAGAAAAAAAGAAGAAAAAGAAAAAAUACCAUGUCAUCCAAGUGGAGGUGAAAGAAGAUGAUUUCAUUUUCCUCGUUAACAACAUAUCCAUUUCUUGUUACAGUGUUGACUUCAUUGAUCUUUUCCUGGAUAUUCCAUGUGGGGGGCAGGGUUUCCGGAUCCAGAGGCAUAUGGUGGGGACUUUUCUGGGUUUAACUCCUGGGCUAAUCUCUGUUAUUCUACAAUGUAUUGCCGUUUUUGUCCUCCAUUAACAGUAGUGACUCAGAUUCUCAUAAGCAACGUCUUUUGAUUAUUUGAAUUUGACAAUAAUUAUCAUGUGUCCAUCCGUGACAGUGUUGAGAAAGAACAAACAUGUUCAGAGUGGUGCUGUUCGAUGUUGAGAACAGCGUUGCGAAGAUCUCGUCCGUUGACUACGUGGAUAUCGCAAUCAAGAUCAUGUAUCAAU